CCAAAUGUUACGCCUAUAACAGACAAUUCAGCACAUCUAUUCCAGAAAGUUAGGAGGUCUGCUGAUUCACAUCAUUGGCUCCGCCUUCAUAUGUUUCAACUAGGUCCUCUAAGCGAAUGUAUAUCUCCUCCUGGGUGCGCUCUUCUUAGUAUUUAGAGUUACAUUCUGGUGUGAGAUAGAAGCUGAUUCGAUACAAUAAUGUCUGGAAGAGGUAAAGGCGGUAAAGGACUCGGGAAAGGAGGCGCUAAGCGGCACCGUAAAGUCCUGCGGGAUAACAUCCAGGGCAUCACCAAACCCGCCAUCCGUCGUCUCGCUCGCCGCGGCGGAGUCAAGCGUAUCUCCGGUCUGAUCUACGAGGAGACCCGCGGUGUGCUGAAGGUGUUCCUGGAGAACGUGAUCCGCGAUGCCGUUACCUACACCGAGCACGCCAAGAGAAAGACCGUCACCGCCAUGGACGUCGUGUACGCGCUGAAACGACAGGGACGCACUCUGUACGGCUUCGGAGGAUAAACACGUCCGUGUUGCCAUAGAAACCCAACGGCUCUUUUAAGAGCCACCCACAUUUUCGAAAGGAGUAUGUCAAUUUUAUGGUUAUUUGUGAUACUUUUUAUUUCAGACUU